AUGGAGAUCGGUAAAGAUAAUGAGCUCGAAGAUUCUCCAGCAGACAGUCAACAUAUUGAGUUAGUCCACAAUGAUAUUGAGACCAACGGAGGCUUUGCAGAGCUUGUCAUCCAAGAUGAUGCACAUUUUCCAGACGGUGGUGUCAAAGCUUGGUGUACCGCUCUUGCUGGGUUCUUAGCAUUUGUUGCCAGUAUUGGUUUUCUGAGUGGUGGUUCUGUAUUCCAGAGCUACUAUACCACAACGACGCUGUCGUCAUCGAGCUCGUCUGAUAUUGCCUGGAUCGGGAGUGUGCAACUCUGGGGUUGCUUUUUCUUUGGCAUUUGGGCUGGCAGGUUGUCUGACAAGUACGGACCAACUUUGCCCUUCGCAGUGGGGACCUUCUUUAUGGUCUUUGGCAUGAUGAUGGCUUCCAUCUCGAAGAGUUACUACCAGUUCCUACUAUCACAGGGUUUUUGUGUUGGAUUUGGCAUGGGCUUGAUAUUCACACCAGCUCUAGCAGUCCAAUCACAAUGGUUUUUAAGAAGACGUGGAUUUGUCGUUGGGGCAGUUAUGUCGGGCCAGAACGUGGGAGGUGUGUACCUGGGCUACUCAUACCCGAUUUCAAGUCCCCAGACUAAUUUUACUUUCUUCAAAUCAGGGAUAGUCUGGCCUGUAAUGGCAAAUAGGCUCCUCAAUCAUGAUGGAGUGUCAUUGAGCUGGACGCUACGCAUCAUUGGCUUCAUGCAACUGGGCUUGAUGGUUGCCGCCACUAUAUUAGUACAGCCGCGAUUUCCCCGGACCUUGGAACAUGAUGGACUCCCUGUAAAACAAUACCUUACCGAUAAACGCACUAUUCUGUUUGCAAUCGCAAUGCUCGUCAUGGACUUGGGAAUUUAUGUCCCAUGGUUCUACAUCACUCCCUAUGCAAUGCGGUACGGUGCUUCCGCAAGCCUCGCCUUCUACGAUGCAGCGAUCCUAAAUGGCGGCGCACUUUUGGGGUGCUAUGCCUUAGGCAUUAUAGCUGACUCCGGCGUGGGAUUUUUCAAUUCUCUUACAGUGGCCACUUUCGGAUGCGCCAUUGUGGCCUUUGCUUGGAUUGGUGCCCAAAACACCGUAGGUGUAAUUGCGUGGGCUAUAAUGUACGGUGUUCUGUCCGGUGCUCUUCAAGCCAUUUUUUCACCAUGUUUAUCUCUCCUGGCACCGACGCCAGAGGUGAUCGGCUCCUGGAACGGGAUUGGUAUCGCGAUUGCUUCAUUUGCAGUCCUAGGUACUGGGCCAAUUGCUGGGCAACUGCUCAGUGAUACCGGAGACAAUAGUUACCUACCGAUGCAGUUGUUCACCGCAGUUUCCUUGGCUCUGUCUGGUGGCUUCUAUCUAGUCACUCGGUUCUUGGUGUCUCGUGAUAGGUGGGUUUGA